AUGGAACAAGAAGAUCGUCGUUUACAAGCACGUGAAAUUCAUAAAGACGAUGAUGAUACUGAUAGAAUGGAUUUAGAUGAUAAAAUAUCAAAUAAUCAUGUUAAAAUGGAUAUUGAAUUAUCAGAUGAUGAUGAAGAAGAAAUUGAACGACGUCGACAACGAUUACUUAUGAAAGCAGAAGAAAAAAAAGAAGAAGGAUUACUACAAGUUGAAGAUGAAAACGAAUCUGAACUAUCAGAAGAAUCAGAAAGUGAAGGAGAAUAUGAUGUUGAUAGUAUACCAAGAUUAAAACCUGUCUUUGUUGAAAACAUUGAUCGUCGUACAAUUGCAGAACGUAAAGCUGGAGAAAAACAUCAAAUACAAUUAGAAAUUGAACGAAAACGUCUUGUUCAUCAAAGAAAAAUGGAAACAAAAAGAAUCGUUGAAGAAGCUAUUAAACAAGAAGCAAUUAAAAAAACUGAAGAAAUUGGUGGUAUUCAAUGUGAUUUUGAUAUUGAUGAUGAAGAUGGUAAAGUUGCUUAUGAUGCAUGGAAAUUACGUGAACUUGAACGAUUAAAACGUGAUCGAAAAUAA